AUGACAAGAUGUAAUGUCAAGAAGAGAGAUGAAGAAAGGAAAGAAGCUGAAGAAGCAAGGAAUAAUAAAACCAGGAAAGAAGAUGACAAACAGGUAUGUCCCUUAACCACUGUACAAAUGCCUGAGAAUAAUAUAUCUUUAACUAAUGCAGGUACAAAAGAAAAUCAAGCUGGGAGACAGAGACAACACCAAAAUAGGAACAAAAACAAGGAGGAACAACAAGAAUGGCAAAUUCAGAAAAAACCAAGACAGAAGGAACAACAAAAGAAUGUUCAAUCAAAGCAGAAUCUAGCAAAGCAAACAGAUGCUAACACAAAUGACACACUGGAUGAUGACUGCAAUAUGACAAAAAGGAAGGAUUCAGGUAUUGACUUAUCUCUCCCACACCCCCAAGUCCCGAUUAUUGGUUUAAAUGCUGACACAAAUGAUACACUUGAGGAUGACUGCAAUAUUACAAAAAUGAAGGAGCCAGGUAUUGACUUAUCUCUCCCACAGCCUCAUGGCUCCCCCAUUAAUUUUAAUGUUGUGAAUGAUGUAGCUGUUGUAGUUUAUGGAGGUGAGGAUGGGGGAACACAGGAGAAACCCACUAACUUGCAGGAAGGGGUUACCAGAGGGAGGGAAAGUACUUUGGUUGACCAUAGGAAAGACAUUAGAGCUCCUGCUACCACAGAGGUAACUACUACAACUGUAACCAGAAAGGAGAGAUACAAUGAAUACUCACAACAAGAAGAGGACUGCUACACAAUGGAUAAGGAACCUCCGGAUCCAAAAAGGCAAAAUGAGAGUCCUCAGGCGUUUAACAACAAGUCUACAUUAGCACUUAGUAAGAAGAAAAGGGAUGCGUUGAAGAAGAAAAUUAUUAAAGAAAUGCAAUCAGGACAACAGAGCUUACAUGAUGUACUGGUGGUGGAACAUGCAGGCAUCCAUGUGACAGCUUUGCAAAUUCAGAAACCGAAUACUGGAAAAUGUGCCCUUAACAAGGAAAUUACUCCACAAGAACUAACAGAUGAAUACAGAGUCACACAUUCUGAGGAUGAGAAAGAUCCUGACCAAUAUGAUGAGGUUCAAAAAGAAGAGGAGGAAAGGAGGGCUCUUUCUACCAGGGGUCAGCAAGAAAAUAGGAAAAAGAAGCAACAAGAUAACACAACAAGUUCUGAUAAUGCUAUUUGCAAAAGUGGCAUCAAAAUAAGGUCCAAAUCAAAUAAGUCUCAAUGA